GUUCUUCUUGCCUUCACAACAAAAGAAGCCACACUAUACUCCUUCCCAGAUCCGAUCUCGAAAAUUUUCUGCAAAUUCUUUGUAAUUGCAGACUGCCUUUGAAUCCAUUCUCUCAGUCUUUUCAAUCCUCGUUAUGCCAACCAUGUCGUCGUUCUUGCAAAAGCGACCCACCCACCAUCCAUUCUCGAACCCUUAUGCACUAUCUCCCCGCUUUUCGUCAUCUUCUCAGAGACCCAUUUCAAUCUUCAGCCGAUCAGGCCUCAUCAUUCUACUCUCUCUCAUGGUGUUUCUCGGGUUGCUCCUCCCCUGGACUGGAAUGCCCCAGUUCAUGUUCCAAAACACCGCCUCCUCCCUCUCCAAAUGGCGGGACUACACGCUGCCGGAAGCGGUUUCCUUUGUCGCCAAGAAUGGGACUGUCAUAGUUUGCGCCGUCAGCCAGCCGUACUUGCCCUUUCUUAAUAACUGGUUAAUUAGUAUUGCCAGACAGAAGCACCAUGACAAGGUGCUCGUGAUAGCUGAGGAUUAUGCUACUCUCUACAAGGUCAAUGAGAAGUGGCCAGGCCAUGCCGUGCUCGUGCCGCCGGCACCUGAUUCGCAAACUGCCCAUAAGUUUGGUUCCCAGGGGUUCUUCAAUUUCACAUCUCGAAGGCCUCAGCAUUUGCUACACAUUUUGGAGCUUGGGUAUAAUGUCAUGUAUAAUGAUGUUGAUAUGGUCUGGUUGGCAGAUCCCUUUCCGUAUUUGGAAGGAAAUCAUGAAGUGUAUUUCACAGAUGACAUGGCUGUUGUGAAGCCCUUGAACCACUCCCAUGAUUUGCCUCCACCAGGGAAGAAAGGGCGCACUUACAUAUGUAGUUGCAUGAUUUUCCUCCGUCCCACAGAUGGAGCAAAAUUAGUUAUGAAGAAAUGGAUUGAGGAGCUUCAGGCCCAGCCUUGGUCUAAAGCAAAGAAAGCAAAUGAUCAACCUGCAUUUAAUUGGGCAUUGAACAAAACUGCUGGACAGGUGGACCUCUACCUGCUACCACAGGCAGCAUUUCCAACUGGAGGAUUGUACUUCAAGAACCAGACUUGGGUGCAAGAAACAAAGGGAACACAUGUCAUAAUCCAUAAUAAUUAUAUCACAGGUUUUGAGAAGAAGAUCAAGCGUUUUCGUGAAUUUGGCCUCUGGUUGUUGGAUGAUCACGUCCUGGAAUCUCCACUCGGCAGACUAUGACAAGCUGUAGUAGCUCAGAAGAACUUAUUUUCUCUUGCUUUUGAGCCAAUCACAAAAAUUGUUAAUCCUGAGAUGAACUGCUGCUUGCCAGUAUAGCAUCACCGUCAUUUCAACCUGCCCUCGUGCAAUCAUGCAGGCAUACAUGGAGCAUCAUAAGCCAAUGAUGCUUGUCUCUUCAACAGAAGUUUAAUCAGACAGUUGCCGUGAAUGUGUACAAGCAUCUGAAUCAAUUCUUUUUGUGAGAAAUAUAGAUUCUUCUGUUGUAUAAAUUAUAAAACCUGUAUACUGCCACAACUAAUUCUUCAAUUUACUUACAUGUUCUGAGUACAUAAUCCUCUUUCCUGACUAGUAUCAGUUUUAAAAAAAUUCUGGAUCUUAA